AUGGGGAACGGCAUGAGCCAGAUCCUGCCUGGCCUCUACCUUGGGAACUUCGUUGAUGCCAAAGACCUGGAGCAGCUAAGCCGGAACAAGAUCACCCACAUUGUUUCAAUCCAUGAAUCCCCCCAGCCCUUGCUGAAGGACAUUACCUACCUCCGCAUCCCCCUGCCUGACACCCCUGAAGCCAACAUCAAGAGGCACUUCAAGGAAUGCAUCAGUUUUAUCCAUCAGUGUCGCCUGCAUGGAGGGAACUGCCUCGUCCACUGCCUCGCUGGCAUCUCCCGCAGCACCACCGUGGUUGUUGCCUACGUCAUGGUUGUCACGGAGCUGAGCUGCCAGGAGGUGCUGGAUGCCAUCCGAACCAUCCGGCCCGUCGCCAACCCCAACCCCGGCUUCAGGCAGCAGCUGUCUGAGUUCGGCGGCAGCGCAGCCCGCAAGGUCCGCAAGCACCUGAAGCAGAGGUAUGGGAUGUCCCCUUUCAAUGACGAGGAAGAAAUAAAGGCCUUGCUGCCAGCAGGGAGAGAAGGAACGUCCAGGACAGAGGGAGCUGUGCAAGGACUGGUCCCAAGAGCCAGAGAUAUGAGGAGCACAAGUCCCUUCCUGCUGCGGGUGAAGAGGACGUUCUCCUGCAUCCCGAUCCCCCGGGGCCUGCGUCAGCAGGCGGCUGCCACACCACAUGAAAUCCCCGGCCAGCCGAUAAAACAUCCCGGCGGGCUGGGGCUGAACAAACGAGCCGGGGGCUGCGAUUAUCUCCCGGCCUUGGAUCAUCCAGAGCCCUCCAAGACAGACGUGAGCAUUAGAGCAGAGGAGAUAUUUGAGAGAUGUGGACAUGUGACUGUUCACACCACCCUGGAAACCCCGUGCUCUUCCCGCAGCUCCCUGCAGUUCCCCACACCCAUGGAAACCGGCGGCGUGGGCCGGGAAAGGGAAAGUGAAAGCAAAAGCCGCUUUCGGUUUCGUCGCCGGGCCGCGAUGGCGGAGCCGGGGUCGCCCAUGCGGCUGAAGGAGUGGCUGAUCGCACAGAUCGACAGCGGCCGGUACCCGGGGCUGCGCUGGGAGAAUCGGCACCGAACGCUCUUCCGCAUCCCCUGGAAGCACGCAUCCAAGCAGGAUUACCGGCAGCAGGAGGAUGCUGCGCUCUUCAAGGCUUGGGCUGUCUACAAAGGAAAGUACCACGAAGGGACGGACAAAGCUGACCCCUCCACCUGGAAGACGCGGCUGCGCUGCGCCCUCAACAAGAGCACCGACUUCCAGGAGGUGCCCGAGCGGAGCCAGCUGGAUAUCUCCGAGCCUUACAAGGUGUACCAGAUCGUGACUGACAGAGUUUGUGAUGCAGAGGACAGUGACACACAGUCCCCAGGCAGUGAGGAUCAGCAGGGCAGCACUGCAGGGAGUCCGAAGAAGGAGGAAAGCCAGAAGGACAUGCUGGAGAGUGCUCAUGUGUCUCCACAGCCCUGGCUCUCUGGCCACCACACCGAGCGAGGGUGCCUUGUGAGGGGAGUCUUCUAUGGCUGGAGCCCGACCCAUGGCCAGCUCCUUCACGGACCCCCAUCCUACCUCCCUGUGGAGAAUGUCAACAAUUCAGACUGCUGGCUCCACAUCCGCCUGUACUACUGUGGUGUGCUGGUGAAGGAGAUGACCACUCGCACAGCCGAGGGCUGCCGCAUCACCACCAGCACCGUGCCGGCCGACAGCGAGCACCUCUAUGGCCCCUCCUGCAUGGAGCAGAUAAAAUUCCCCCCACCACAGGUGCUCAGUGGCCAUGGCCACGUGGCCUGCAUGACCGACGUGCUGGAGCGGCUCUUGCCCCACCUGGAGCGUGGGGUGCUGCUGUGGGUAGCACCUGAGGGGGUCUUCAUGAAGCGCCAGUGCCAGGGCAGGGUGUACUGGAACGGGCCACUGGCCCCACACAAGAACUGGCCCAACAAGUUGGAGAGGGAGAGGACUUACAAGCUGCUGGACACACAGCAGUACCUACAGCAGGUUCGGGAGUACCUGAGCAACGGGCAGAUCAUUCCACAGUACCAGAUCUACCUGUGCUUCGGGGAGGAAUACCCCACCAGAGCUGGGCACCCCUUCCAGAAGCUCAUCAUGGCUCAUGUGGAGCCAGUGUUUGCACGGGAACUCUUCCAUCAUGCCCAGCGCUUGAGGCCGACACUGCUCUGCAAUUCCCCCCAGCCCUGUUCCCCUGGCACAUCCAGCCAUGUUCUCCAUGUCCUCAAACAGUUCUGCCAGCCCUGAACUGGAUGGGAUGGAAGAGCCCAUUUGCCAUAAAGUCUCAGAGUGGGAGGCUGUGAGCCCUGUGACUGCACUCCAGCUGCAUGUCCCAAGGCAGAGUGCUCAGGGUGCUCAGUGUGCAGGACCAGACAAGGACAGAUAUUAGCUGGGGUGGGCAGAUGCUGCUGCCCCUGUGAUUGAUGUAUUUAUUUGCCAGGAGUCCCCCAGGUGGGAUUUGUUUUGUGCCUGUUCAGCAAGCCAGGGCAGACCUGGCUCUGUCCUUGAACCUUGCGCUGCCAGGACUCGCUGUUGCAAACCUUGGAAAUAAAGGUUGUGUUUUCGUAUUGGUA